AUAUUGAAAAAACAAGGGAUCCCAAUAACAUUCAGAACAAACAAUACUGUUCAGAAAAGACUAAGACCAGACAGAAAAACUGCAGACAAAUUCAGCAACGCUGGAAUAUAUCAACUCACCUGCAACUCCUGUCAGGCCCAGUACAUAGGACAAACAAGCAGAAACUUCCGAACAAGGUACACAGAGCACAUGAGAGCUCUAAAGAGUGACAGCACACAUUCAACUUUUGCAGAUCAUCUAAUGAACAAAAACCAUAACCCCACUAAUAUUGAAAACGAUCUACACAUUCUGAAAAACAGCAACAGUCUAUACCAACAAUUAACAAUAGAAGAAAACUACUAUAUACAAAAGGCCAUAGUCGAAGGGAAAAAUGUAAUAAACGAAUACACAACACUUUGCAAUAACACACUCUUCACUGCUCUGAGAGAACUGGCCAAGGACUCAGAACAGACAAGCACACACACGCAAUAGAACCACUUCCCCAUCACACACACAGACAUAAAUAAAGAACAGGAGUCGUCGUAAUUCGCGCUACGUUUUUCAUAGCCUCUCUCGCCACAUGCGAUACACCUCUCGCGACACGCGCGAACGGCAAGAUGGCGUAAUACCCGCGAGCCAAAACAAAGUGCCAAAGUUUUGUUUUGUGUAUGUAAAAGCGUCUCCACACCAUCCAACGAACUUUGCAGAUGACAUGAUGUUCGUGAAUAAAAACGGUGACAUAAGCACGGAGUAUACAUGUUUGCAGACAGCAAAAAUAAUGCUCAAAAACAUUAUGUAACUUGCAAUAAAUAAGAUUAGAAAAGCCCACUGAUGAUGGUGAUAUUUGUCGCCGAAACUAGUAUGGGAAAAUAAAGAAAUUAAACAUAUAACAAGGUGUUUUGCAUCAAGGCGGACGCAACUUCUGAUAUUGUUUUUCUAUGCAAACACGGACCAAAUGGAAGAGUUCCAAGAUAAAAUUAUUGUUUCUACGCCACGCCAGGCAUUUCCAGUAAAGCUCUUCAACAAAUUUAAGAAAACGACAGUGAAACUACACCAAACAAACUUGAACCUCAAGUACAACAAAAUUUGCUCUGCCAACAACAUCAUUCCUAAUUAUAUUAAAAUUAAUGUAAACAACAUGUCACCUGCAGCACAGCGUGCUAAACGAACAGCUGAAACAGCUUGGCUGAAAUAUGAAAUUAGCUCUCUAUACUCAAAAAAACAAGAACUGAAUGUCAGCUUAUACAAAUUACACCUAGAAUUAGGAAACCACAUCUCCAGCUCAUCAGUACUGUAUGACACAAUAGAAAGAAUAAACCACCACUCACAGUCAAUAAUGCAAAGGAAAUGGCAGAAACAAGAACAGAAAUUAAAUAAACUCUUGAACAAAAACUGCUCCAAAACCGAGACACACACACAACACACAUUCCACGAACGCUUGGUUAAUUUUACUGACAUAACACUCACAAAAGAAGAACAACAGCUACUUGAGAAAGGCCCAAAAUACAAUUUGAACACCCACAUAACACAUAAGACCAUAGAAAAUCUUAUUACUGAGACUGAAUACAUCAUAGGACAACAUGAAAAAACUAACACUCGAGACUUCAACCCAGGCCUAACAAGAGAAUUAGUGACAGAGGAAAUGAAACAAAUCAUCAGAAGGAACAAACCAUCAAUAAACACAAAUAAAAAAACAGCUGAUGAGAAAACCAUUAACAGUAUACACAGAAAACUAAAACAACACAAUGCUCUCAUCACCAAGGCAGACAAAGGGAAUGCUCUAGUGUUAAUAACUAAGGCAGAAUACAUUGAAAAAACAGAAAAAUUCCUGACAGAGAAUAAAAUAAGCAAGCUAACCAGUGACCCAACACAAAGAUACCAAAGAAAUGUAAAGACUCUCUUAAAAAACAUCACACACACCUUGACACAGAACCAGACAAAAAGAAUGACACAAAAAAACCCUAAAGCUCCACUCUUAACAAGCCUGCCAAAGGUCCACAAACCUCUCAUACCAGUCAGACCAGUGGUUGACUUCAGAAAAGCCCCAUCUUACUUACUAGGGAGACACAUGCACACAUUCCUACAGAAAACAUACACAUACACAAACAACAGAAGCCUCAAAAACACAGGAGACAUAAUAGAGAAAAUUAAGAAUAUCAACAUCCCCCCAACAGCAAAACUGGUAUCUUUUGACAUCACAUCCAUGUACACAAACAUACCCACAGAAGAAACUAUAAACAUUAUAGAACAACAGCUAAAAUGCAAGAAAUUCCCAGACAUACAAAUAAAUGAAAUCUCGUCCAUUCUGAGGCUGAUCACAGAACAAAACUACUUCACUUUUAACAACAACUUCUAUUCGCAACAAGAGGGGCUACCCAUGGGAUCCCCCAUCAGUGGAACCUUAGCCAACAUCUUCUUGGACCAUAUAGAGAACACAAUAUUCAAUAACAUUGUAAAACAAGGGGGGUACAAAAUCAUCUACUGGUAUCGAUAUGUGGAUGACAUAAUCUGUCUUGUAGAUGAAACACAUAACAGAAUAGAAGAGCUACACAGUAACAUCAACACAGUACACCCACAAAUCCACUUCACAAUGGAAAUAGAAAAAAACCAGACACUAAAUUUCUUGGAUCUUACAAUCACAAGAAACAACCACCAACAUGAAUUCUCCAUCUACAGAAAACCCACAUCCACAAGCACUGUUAUCCAUAACACAUCCAACCACCCUACAGUACAUAAAUAUGCCAGUUUCACACACAUGCUCCACAGGAUAAACAGAACACCUCUUAAACCAGAAAACUACACACAGGAACUAAAUAUAAUCAAACAAAUUGCUGUUGAAAACAACUACAAAACAGACAUCAUAAACAAACUCAACAACAAGAUAAAACGGAAACAGGCAGUACACACAGACAACACAGCAGACCACACCACUCAAGCAAAUAGAGGGAGAUGGUACACACUUACAUACAAUAACAAAAUAUCACAUAGAAUAGGAAACAUAUUGAAAAAACAAGGGAUCCCAAUAACAUUCAGAACAAACAAUACUGUUCAGAAAAGACUAAGACCAGACAGAAAAACUGCAGACAAAUUCAGCAACGCUGGAAUAUAUCAACUCACCUGCAACUCCUGUCAGGCCCAGUACAUAGGACAAACAAGCAGAAACUUCCGAACAAGGUACACAGAGCACAUGAGAGCUCUAAAGAGUGACAGCACACAUUCAACUUUUGCAGAUCAUCUAAUGAACAAAAACCAUAACCCCACUAAUAUUGAAAACGAUCUACACAUUCUGAAAAACAGCAACAGUCUAUACCAACAAUUAACAAUAGAAGAAAACUACUAUAUACAAAAGGCCAUAGUCGAAGGGAAAAAUGUAAUAAACGAAUACACAACACUUUGCAAUAACACACUCUUCACUGCUCUGAGAGAACUGGCCAAGGACUCAGAACAGACAAGCACACACACGCAAUAGAACCACUUCCCCAUCACACACACAGACAUAAAUAAAGAACAGGAGUCGUCGUAAUUCGCGCUACGUUUUUCAUAGCCUCUCUCGCCACAUGCGAUACACCUCUCGCGACACGCGCGAACGGCAAGAUGGCGUAAUACCCGCGAGCCAAAACAAAGUGCCAAAGUUUUGUUUUGUGUAUGUAAAAGCGUCUCCACACCAUCCAACGAACGUAAGUACACAAAUAGCUAAGUAACAGUUUCAUUACACUGCAUUCCACAACGCUGCUGCAAUCCCAAGAGUAUAUUGCUGACAUACACAGUUCACCUUCAGUAUUUGUUUACUAAC